AUGGACUCUCUUCAACACAACUGUCCAAGCUUAUCAGCAGACCUAAUAGCUGCAAAAGAUACUGAAGCGGGUCUCGCACUUUUCAGAGGAAUACCCUACGCAUCCGUCUCUAAGAGAUGGACCCAAAGCCAGAUUCAAGACUCGCUUUCAUCCCCAUUCGAUGCUACGAAGUUCGGACCAAGAUGUCCUCAGCCGCCCCAUGUAUCUUUGAUAGCAGCAAAUGUCAAGGCUCCGGCUCUUGAGGAAGAUGAAUUCGCUUGCUUAAAUCUGAAUAUCUCUGUCCCGGUAAAUGCUCUGCCGAAGCCGACGAGUAAUGAUCCAAAGUCCCUACUACCUGUAAUGGUUUGGAUACACGGAGGAGCAUUCAAAAACGGAUCUGCCUCAGAUCCUCGCUUCUAUCCCUCAACGCUUAGCACCAUCGCCUCAACUCACAACCACCCCGUCAUCAUCGUCCAAAUCUCCUACCGCCUAGGAAUCUUCGGCUUCGCCGCAUCCUCAGACCUCCUUUCAGAACACGCCUCCACUUCUCCAUCUUCCUCAGACCCAUUCGCCAAUUUCGGUCUCCACGAUCAACGCACAGCUUUCCAAUGGAUCCAAUCCCACAUCAAGGAUUUCGGCGGUGACCCAGAUAAUGUAACAGCUUUUGGGGUCAGCGCCGGCAGUGCAAGUCUUCACAUGCACAUGCUGUCCGGGAACCCUCUCUUCGAUCGUGCCGUCCUCAUGUCAGGAUGUGCCCCUACCAUGGGUCCUUUUCCCCUCCCACUCCUCGACAAAAGCUGGAGUAAACUCUGCCAGAAGUCCGGAGUCGACGCCUUUGAGACGUCUCAUCAACGCUUAGAAGCACUUCGGCUCCUCACCCCCGAAGAAGCAAUAACCAACAACGGCCUCAGCACGACUCUCGCCCCCCUAGCAGACGGAAUAUAUCUCCCCAGAGCAUGGAAACUUGGCGAUGCACACCCCAGUACCCGCUGCAAAGAAAUUAUAAUCGGCAACACCCUCGUCGAAGCCAUCAUCUUCGACGUGCUCGCCAAACUCCUGCCCCAAUCCAUAUUCCACUCCAAACUCCUAUCCGCAUUCCCCAACCCAGAGGACAGCACUCGCUUCAUUUCUCUCUUCGGCUUCGAUUUCGCUAAGGAGAAAGAGAUGUCCCCAGAAGCAUAUAGAGACGCCCUAAGAAGAUUCCUCUCCGCAGUGAUCUUCCACUACCCGUCCCUCAAAGUCGCCGAAUCCUUCUCCUCUGUGUCAACAUCCUCAGACACAAAAUCCUACCUCUACCGCUUCAGCACCCCCUCUCCAUUCCCCGGGCCCUCGCACUGCCUAGCCGCCCACGGACAAUGUGCCAUCUUCCUAUUCAACAACGAUUCCGAUUCGUGGCCUUCUGAAUGCCAGGUCAUCUCUAAGGAGAUGGCGAGGACUUGGACGGCGUUUGCGUAUGGUGAAAAGCCGUGGGAGGAGUUUAUGUCAGAGGAUGACAAGGUGAUGAGUUUCGGGAAUGGGGUGUUUGGUUUGAGAGGUCUUGAUGAGGGAGAAGAUGAGGGCUGGGGAAGAGAGGAUGGAACGACUGGGUGGCUUCGGGUACAUUUCGAUGAAGCGUUGAUGUUCGUGCUUGGUUUGAUGGGAUGA